AAUAUGUGCUGAGCCAUGAUGUAAAAGGUACGUCUUACCACGAGUCAUUAACAAAGUUUAGAGUACACGGACUGGAAAGCUUUUGUAAAACCCAUGCUCCCAGGCUCCAGACCAGAGUAUUGAUGCAAUGACGUAUUUAGCCCCUGAAACCUGUAUUUCUGGUAGAUUCCCGGGCAGGUUUGGGAGUCACCUGUCGGAGGCAGUGGGCACUCGGGUGGGGUUUCCUCACUGCCCUCCACCUCCUUUCCCCUGGCCAGGACAGGAGCAGCUUUUUCCUUGAAGAACGUGGCCCUCACAAAGCAAGAAAAGUCACCCGUGCUGCACGGGAAGCAAGGCACAGCCACUAGCCCUGCGAGCCCCCAAACUGGGAACUGGGUUGGGAUUUCCAGUGCCAGCUCUGUCAGAAAAAUAUAAUCCCCAGAAAACAAAGUCACGUUACAGUCGGCAGAUCUGGGUUCAAACCCCGAUUCUCCCACCCGAGAACAUGGGCAGGUGUUACCACCUCUCCGAGCCUCAGUUUUCUCGCCUUUUAAAAUGGGAAGAAUAGCACUUCCCAGGGCUGCUGUGGGAGUUGCAGGCAACAAUGUAUCAAGUGCCCAGACAGGCCUUGGCCAAAAGCAGACGCUCCUUUGCAUUAGCUCCCUUUCAGCCUCCACUAAAUGCCCCGUGAGCUUAGGCUCCUUUGGGCUUUGGCUUGCUGAGUGAGAAAGUGUUUGUGAAGUUAAGUAGCCUUCGCCAGGGGUGGAGUUGGCGGGGGCUGUUGCCAAUGGAAUUCCAUUGUCCAGCUGCUCCUGCUGUGCUCACAGAAGCUGCACCAUCCCCAUUCCUUGACACUCCCCCAGGGCAGGCACAAAGUGAAAUCCGGGACCAAGGGAAGAAAGCUCCCUCAUUCCCCCCUUCCCAGGUGCUGGUCCUGGCCAAGCCUGGAGGAUGCAGGCGGCCUGUUCCCAGCCCCAGGCGAGGGAGGAGCCACAGCCCAGGUGGGGCAGGUUGGGAGCCUGGACGCAGGUGUGUUCCGGGCGGCCAGGGGAAGUGAUUGCUCCCCGGCCUGCAGAGGCAGAAGAAAGCAGAGGGCUGGCUCCAGGAUCCAGCUCUGGGGCGCUGAGUUUGUCUCUCAGACUCUACCUUGGAAGAAAACAAUGGAAGAGAAAGGGGUAAGAAACUUCAAGGAACUUCGAGCCAAAUUUCAAAAACUUGACACUCCACCUCUUCCAGGCCCUAUUAAAUUCCCAGCAGGUAUUUCUCAAAAGGGUGACACUGGAAGCACACAGUCAACCCAGAUUCCAGCCAAAGGGAAACCUCUCUCAUCCAGCCACAAGCAGCCCCCACCAUGUUGUUCCAGAGGCGAGUCCCAGCUUCUUACAGCCCAGAAAACGCAGUUGGCCCAGAGCAGUGGAAUUCAGAUAUGUUCUAAUUCCCCAGGGUCUCUGGGAACGUCUGUUCUGUGUUCUGCAGUAAAUUCACAGAAGGCUUCUCUGUUGUUAGAUGUGAGUCAAUCAAAUGCUGAGAUAACCAAUAAGGAGAAAGUGAUGGUGCCCAACAGCUUCAGAGAAAAGCUCUGGAACUGGGAGAAGGUUUCAUCUCAGAAGAGUGAAAUGUCAUCAACCCUUCUCCUUGCCAGUUGUGAAAGUGAGGCCCUCCGUGUGGAAAGGCAAAAAGGCCUGGGACUUACUACAGAGGAGUCGAGGAAAAAGAUGGAAACAAAAGGAGCCCAGACCCUUCCUUCCCAGAGGCACUUGAUGGUCCAAAGGAAAUCACUUGCUGCCGCUGAAGAUCCCUCUUCCCUACUUUCUCAACAUGGCAGGAAGAGCCAGAAAAAAUCCAGUCCCGAGAGGAGCCCGGCAGGCAGCAUGUGUCAGCCUAUCUAUGAGUGUGAGCUUGCCUCCCAGGCCCCAGAAAAGCAGCCAGAUGUCAGGCAUCACCACCUUCCCAAAAUGAAGCCACUGCCUUCUAUCCAGUCGCUGGGUCCUCCUCCGCCAAAGCCUGCAAAACCCCCUGUCGUGAGCCUCCAGGUCUUCCGGAGGCAGCCGGCUGCUGUUCCCAAGACCCAAAGGGAAGUGGCUGUGGAAGAGUGCCACCUGCCUCCGGAGAGUGCUGAAUUUGAAGAACCACAUAAUUACGAAGCAACAAUUUCAUAUCUGAGACACUCUGGCAACUCCAUUAACCUGUGCACUGCAGAAGAAAUUGCUGAUUCAACUUAUGAAGUUGGAAUUGAAGAACUUCAAAAGCCUUGGAGGAGUUUUUUCCAUCAAGAACUUAGCCCUAAACAUGAGGAUAAAGAUAAAAAAAUGAAGGAUAAAGAGCCCUGUGAAUUGGAACCUCUGAAAACAGAAAAGGAUCCACAUUCAAACCGUCGUUUCAAGAGUGAUGCUUAUGAGGGGACACCUGGGAAGAUCCAGAUGACCAAUGUCCACAGAGGUGAAAGGACCAUGCUGGCUGGGAAACAGGAUGCUGCAACUGACAUUACCCGGACAAAGGUCUCCCCUGAGGGCCCGAAGCUGGCCAGGCACUCCCAAGGCCAUGAUGGAUAUGUGGAGGCUUUACAGGCAACUAAAGAAACCCCAGACCCAGAAGCCUUCAAGUCAAGUACCAUCUCAGAGGAGACAUAUGAUGAUGUUGAAUACCCUAGGAGAGAAACACCAAAGUCAGACUUCUCUAACUCAUUUGCCUCAGACAGUGAGAGAAAUAGUGAAGAAAUGUACGAUGAUGUCUACAAAACAAGGAGUAACUACUCAAAGAUAGAUUUAGAUGGAAAAGAAGCACUGAAAAGACUGCAGAAAUUCUUCAAGAAAGAAAGGAAUAGAUUUAAAACGAAGAAAACCAAGUCAAAAGAAAAUGUAAGUGCAUCUUCCAUCUCACUGCCUGAUUUAGAACCUGGGCCUCAAGGAGUUACUAUCUAUGAUGAUGUGGACCUAAGUGAAAAAGAGUCAAAAGAUGAAGAUAAGCUGAAAACUUGGAAGCCCAAGUUUUUGAUACCAAAGGGAAAAAGAGAAAGAAAAAAAGAUGUUGAAGAAUCAGGAAGUUCAUCUUCUAGAAAUUUCUUCAGAACCAAGAAGCAAAACUUAGAAAAGAAUAGAAUGGAAAGGGAAGAAAAACUUUUUAGAGAAAGAUUCAAGUAUGACAAAGAGAUUACUGUCAUCAACACAGCAGUGGUAUGUUCCAAUAGUUCAAGAAAUGGAAUAUUUGAUUUGCCAAUAAUCCCUGGAGAAGAACUGGAAGUCAUUGAUACCACUGAACAAAAUCUAGUGAUAUGUCGUAAUUCUAAAGGCAAAUAUGGAUAUGUGCUCAUUGAAAAUCUACAUUUCAAGCCCCAAAGUUGGUCACCUUAGGAGGAUCAAGAUCAAAUGGUAUGGGCUGCACAAGCGAGAAUUAGUCCAAAAUCUUAGUUCACAUGUCAAAAUGAGAUGGUGGAAUCUGUGGAAACUUUCAUUCAGAACUUAGAAGAGAAAAAUAAAAACAAAUUCUCAACAUUA